GCCAUUGAAUAGCAUGGAAUUAAACGAUUAAACCUUCUUCAGUGUAUAUGUUUUGUGUGUCAUUCCAUUGCCAUUUUACAUUAUAAAAUCUUUUGAAAAUUCAAUGAAUCAAAACGGUUUGCGUGUUUCCCACUGCCUCUCACCAGAGUUUAUGAUUUUAAAAAGUUUUUGCCGUUUCCAGCCUUUAGAUAAUUUUGAAAAGUAACUUUAUGUUUACAUAGUUAUCAGUUCACAUUUAUUGUAGGGCAUUCUGACCCUUGGCAAUACAAGUAAAAAAAUUAACAUCAGAAACUUCUCUGCUGACAUCGCUGUAUGAAUCCAUAAAAGGUGUUGAUCAACACUAGUAAACUCUCUAUAACCUCGCUGUGCUUUCUAUCAUCUCCAUUCCUUUGAUAAACUUGAAUCCGUAUUAUUAGAUCCAUGUCUGACGAAGGCAGGAAGACAAACAAACGUUAUACAGGAACGGUUCCAAAAGUGCGACAUCGCAACAACAUAUCCCCGGUUCGGCAUCCAGAGAAUUCGGCUGGCUACUGGCAGCACGGAUCGGAUCCUUCAGGAUUUAACAGGAACCCUAGGAGAAUCCAGCAAAACAACUAUUUUGCAAUGAAUUCCACUAUUGAAGAAAAUGGAUGUACAAAUGUUAGUUCAAAUGGAUCACCUAAUACUAGUUUGACAACAUCCAGAAGAAAUUCGUCUAGUUCUAUACUGAAAUGUGACAACGUCUCCAAGAAUCCUGAUAAAAAACAGAUUGAAGUUAAACUCCACCAAAUUAGAGAGUAUUUGAAAUUAAUGAGAAGCAUGAAGAAUACGGAUGAACAGAAUGACGACGAACAUACCGAGAAGCUGUUGAAUGAUUUGAAAGAUAGUGAAAAAAAAUUGGUAGACAUCUUAGAAGGGCUUGAAACUGAUAAUCUGCAAAAUGGAGAUAUUCAGGUUUAGAGUAAACGAUUUUGGAAUUAUUGGAUCAAUUCUGACGAGACAACCACCCUGGAGGUUUGAGGAAUACGAAAGUUCAGGCCCAUCGAAACAUUCAAUGAAAAUAUUGUUUCCCCAUUGUACGGACUAAGAAUAGGUAUAACCACACAAAGAGUUGGAAGAAAUAGAUGAUCAACUAGUUUUGAGGAUGAUCUGCGAACGUUUACACUGGAUGAAAGGCUUUUCGCAUAUGUGAAGUUGUCUGUCCUUUAAUUUCCGCUGGCACGACCAUUGUACAUCAAACUUGUCUUUAUAUUGAUGGUGGAUAUGCCACCGGUGCCAACAGCAUCCACCAACGUUCGGGCUCGCUUGAUCCACGAUAGUCUCACCUCUACACUUUAUCAUUUCUUGAAAACGACAGUUUUGUGUGAGAAAAUGGAAGAAGAAAAGAUUGAAGUUAUUCUACAGCAUAGGAAUGGCGUGAAAUUUAAUGUUUUUUAACACAAUGCGAAAUAAACAGCAUCUGAAGGCAAGUGAGCUUGAGGUGGAAGAGGUUACAGACUUCAAUCCACAUUUAAACAGGAAGAAUGAAAUCAAUGUGGGAAAUUCUAGACAGGAAGCUGAAUUUCUUAAGGAACAGCAGUUGACCUUACUACAAUUACAACAAAAGGCUGAGAACAAACUUAGAGAUGCCAGGAAGAUUAGUGGAAAUUUGUUAGCUUUUCCAGGAAAUCAAACGAAUUGUGUUUCAAACACAAUGACCAGCAAUGGUUAUGAUGAUUUUGACGUGGCUAUAAGAGAACUGGAAGAGAAAACGAAAACUUUAGGUCCCACUGCAUCGGCUAACAAAAAGAUGCAAGAAAACAUCCUAGCUAGAGUGGAAAGCCUCCAUAAUCAAAUUGUCAGCAUGCAUGAUGCGAACGAAGAACGGGAAAAAUUGAUUGAGGCAUUAGAUACGAGAGAUGCAGAGUUGAGACAGCAACAGGCAGAGUUACAUUUUAAGCUUGUUGAGUUACAAAAUAAGAAAUCUCAAGUAGAUCAGCUUGUUACUCAGCUUCAGACAUUUGCUAAUGAGGAAGAAGAAGAAGACAUAGGUGUAAAAGUAAGAAAUAUUGUAACAAUGAAAGAUCAGUUAAACAAGUUGCAAGACAUGCUGGAAGUAGUGAAAUCGGCUGAAACUACUAUAAUCAAUUCAAACGCAUCCUCUGAGGCUCAAGCUGCAGCCAUGGAUACUUGUUUGAAUAUAGAGAGCAUAUUAGAGAAGGAUAAUCAGAAACCGAGAUUAAGGUCUACCGUGUCCAACGAUAGCAAUGUCUUGAGGUAUGACAACGACACUAGUAGUGAAGGAAGGAAUAAACAGACUAACAAGAAUAAAAAGGAUCAGAUACUUGGACGCCAGAAAUCAGCACUGCAAUCCGAAUUAGAAAUAAAGAAGAGGGAACUUGAAGAACUAAUGGGAAAACAUAAAGCCAGUACAUCGAAUCUGAAUCAUGACGUUGGUUUAGAUAUCAAGUCAGAAUUCAGUUACACUAGCAACGCGGUAAAUGAGGCAUGGCCUGCUGUAUCGUCUUCUCAGCGUCAUCAAACUGAUUCGGAUAGAUUUUCGAGUGACGACGAUUACCUCAUCGAGGAAGACGAUCCGUUGGGCAGCCGAAACGGAGGUUCGGCGUCGGUAUCCCCGCUCAUCGUCAACUUUGGCCUGUCUAAGCAAAGGGUGGGAUCUUCAGGGCCACCGUCGGAUAGAAGGGCUGAGGUGGAACGGAGGAGAGAAGUGCGAAACGUUCGGGGCGGCUCUGUGCCUGUACCGCCCAUGGCGCCCAUACAUCCAAGACAUCAGCAGCGUAAUCGAUCUAACAGCGACAAGGAAAAUAAAAUGCAGGUACAUAAACAGCUACAACUUAUAAAAAGCGUAUGCGAAUCCAUGCUGGAAGAGCACAAACAGGCUCCAGUACAAGCGUCACCUAGUGGCAGCGUAAAGCAACUAAGGAAUGAUCUUACAUCCUCACCUCUUUAUUCUUCUGCUCCACCAAAUAUUGGGGUUCCUGUAGAAGCACCCUGGAUGCCGUCCAAUGGAGGUGGGGAUGGGCAUCAGGGUUGGCUGGCUACAAACGCUAUUCAAACACAAUCAUUCUUACUGAGCACGCUCAAUCAAUGCUGUCAGAUGUUAUGGCUCCAACAACGCGAACUGGCUGCUCUCAGAAGUGCUGUCACUGUGUUGCAGGAAAGGUUAGAAAGUGGACAGUACCCUGUACCAGCUGCAGCACCUCUGGACCAACAUCACAUGCCAUCAUCACUGCCUAGUGAAUCACAACGCUCAUCUGCUAAUUUAUACAGAUACAGUGGUAGUGGUGCUAAAACAAAUCAGUCUCACCAACGGCAGCAGCAACAGGUAUCAGCUGCUUUCUCGUUGCCCAACCUGAAUCACUACGCUGCUACCUCUCCCCUUCCCUACCUCGUCGAUUCUCGCGCUCAGGUGCCAGCAUAUGCCCCUCAGGUCCACCAUCUUGGUCUCAAUAACCACCAAGAGCUGCCUAACAACACGGUGUUGCCCCCACCAGCUAAUCAGAUGUGGUUGAAUAACCAAAUCGCACCUGGAAAUAGAGCGAAUAACUAUUGGGACAACUUCCGGAGGAUUGAACCCUUCACGCUAGUGGAAAGUGAAUUCUAUGCCGGUGCCAAGUACGGUAAGAAUUUUCACACAUCACAUCCAAAGUGAAGAUUGUGCGCUGCAACAGUAAGGUGCUAAUUGGGAGAUUCAAGGCAAGAUAUAGCUGCAAGUCUACAUCCGGAGGUAACUUUCAAGUUUUAAGUUCAAUCCACGAGCCUGAGAAGACGAAAUCAAAACUAGCCGAGAAAAAGCUCGAAUAGUAUCAGGCUAACUCAACAUAGAGCCGUUCUGCAGUACUACGAGACGAGGUAUCGAGUUCACCCCAGUAGGCUGAAUCUACGGAAAAUUCGCAGAGCCAUUAAGGUUGCGAAGAUUCCAGAUCCUUUUUUGCGCAAUAAUUGUUCUAUGCCAAGAAUUUGUGAAAAACCCUUAAAUAAGAAUCUACAUAUAGAAGAUGCCAAGCUGCUUUAUCACUGAUGUGAAAUGUGUAUUUCAAAUUUUAUCAUAUUUCAAUUAUUUAGAACGUCGAUAAACAUAUUAUUGGCCUAGCAUGGGAAUGCAAUGCACAAAACGGUGAGGAACGCCGCGAAACCGGAGGGUGUGCCGAUGUCGUCUGUGAGGUAUUUAGUACCAAAACAUCGGCCACUAACAGCACUUCGAUCGGCAUUACCCAUUCAAGUACUGUUUACCCUACACUGUUGUCACACGAGAUAGCUCAAAACCUCUUUUGAGACUAUUAGCAUGUUCCUGACUUUAGAAUACUUCUAUAGCUUCCUCUUGAAUUGAAAUUAAAAAUUAUGCAAUAGUUUUAUCAGUAUGUCGCGUAGGAAUGCUUUUUGUGCGGGCAGUAACAUUUCCAAUAAAUGUUUUUCAAAUUGCAAGCCCAAGAACCUUUGUAAUUCGACCAUAUUGCUGCAUUCUCUCGUUAGACCGAUAAUAUAUCAUUUCGAAGAAUUGAAAUGUACCACAUUUUUACGAAAACUAUGUCCAACCAUGUCGUAUGAUAUUUGAACCAUUAUAUAAAAUAGAUCACUGUAUCUUGAGGAAUAAAAUGCUAUUAUAAAAGUAUGUUUCGUUUUAUCGUGCGCUAAUAAAAUUUCUGUUU